AUGCCUAAACUGGACUUGGAUAGUGAUGAGGUACAGGAUGAAAAGCUGAGCAUUAAUAGAGCUUAUGCAGAUCGGUAUGACAGCUGGCGACGAUUAGAAGAGAUGCAGAAAUGUUUGUUUUUGAAUUCUCUCUUCGUGAAAGGCCGGUACGGUAGCGAUGGUGGAGAGGGCGAUAGCGGUAGUUCAUCAAGCGAAGAAAGUAUUUUACAGCAGUGGUCGCUGAAACAUGAGAAAGAAUUCCUUCGAACGUUAUCUGCAUUAAAAACACGCGAUCCAGAGAUAUAUUCAGAUGCGAAUUUCUUUACUGAUGAAAUUGAAGGGUCUGAAGUUUUUUCUUCGUUACUAUCGCCGUUCUCUGCAUGUAGCACUGUGCAAAAGACUAAAGAUAAUGCUCCAUUGUUUUUAAAAGAUUAUGAGAGGAAACUUGUUCUUGAAAAAGGAGGGUGA